AAACCUUAAAGUCGUCGGUCGGGAGCGGAAAAGUCCUUAAUAUUGGAUAAGAUCAUGAGGGCUUUUGUAAAAACAAUCGUCUGUAUGAUAACGAUUGUAUGGCCGACUUGGGCCAAGAGCUCGAUCGACCACCUUUACAUGAAAAAGUUGGAAACUGCGAACGGAGUCACGUACGCAGCAUUCGAGGGCAUCCGCUACGAUCAACCUAGGAUGGGGCACGACGGUUUCCAAAGGACCUUCUUCUUUCCUAUACCGGUCGAAAAGGAAAAAAACCUGAACCGGAGUGUCGACUGUCUCCAGCUGAACCCGGCGAACGGCCAAUUCGUCGGUCAGGAGGACUGCCAGUUUCUAAACGUCUACACGCCCAUGCCUUUCGAGAAUAGAAGGAUGCCUGUUUUGAUCUGGAUACACGGGACGGCUUUUCCAAUUGGUUCGAGCCAGGGCAGCAUUUACAACCCGAAAAGGUUCAUGGAUCACGAAAUGGUCGUCGUGACCAUGAGCUACAGGCACGACAUCCUAGGUUUCGCCAGUUUCGAAUUGAAAUCGUUUCCCGGGAACUACGGUCUCAACGACCAGAGGAUGGCUAUAAAUUGGAUCAUGAGAUACAUCCAUCAUUUCGGAGGCGAUCCCGAUAGGAUAACACUCGGGGGUCACGGCUUAGGAGCCGCGCACGCCCUAUUCCACAUGAAACGAGGCUACUUUCCAGGACACAGGGUAGUCAAAAGAUGCAUAGCGAUCAGCGGCACGAGAUACGCGCCUUGGGCUUUGUCCUACCAGAAAUGGACGGCGAGAAAAAGUUAUCAAAUGACAAGAAUGUUGCGCUGCCAGCAUACGUCGUCGACAUGCAUCUCAGGCACAAACUACAGGACUUUAGUCAACAAUUCUAACAUUCUAAUGCGUUACGAGACGGAAUAUCUUUGGGAAACUAUAACAUGGCCUUAUAGACCGGUUUUGGACGAAGAUUACAUCAAAACGAACCCUUGGCUGGACGACCAAAACCACAGGAACUUUUCCCUGCUACUCGGAUUGAACAAACACGAAGGGCAUCUGAUCAAGACGUUCGCGGACGAAAGGGGAUGGACUCAAGAGCAGAAGGACAUCCUAGUCGAUACUUUCUUCAAGCUGUACCACCCGGUGAAAUUGAGGUUUAUGAAAAAGGUCGUCCAAAGGAUAAAGGAAAUGUAUGACAAUCUGGGAUAUAAGGAAGACAGGGUGUUUCCUCUCACGACAGACGGUUACUUUUUCUACCCGGCCAUGAUGGAAGCGGAGAACCACACAGGACCGGUCCAGGCAUUCAUGUUCAACUUCCACAGCAAGCUGGGAGUGUUCGGCUGCGCUGCGCCAAGGCCGUCGUCGGGCGUCGUACACGGAGACGACCUGCCCUACCUCUUCGAGAUGGAAGGCUGCCCCAUCGCGGAAAAAGACAAUCGAAUCGCGAACAAAUACGUAGACAUGAUUGCACGCUUCGUCAAGGAUGGUGACGCCCAACUGAAGCCGUACUCCGAGGACAAAGAACUGUUCAGCAUAACAUCCGCCAUCAGAAAUCCAGACGAGUUCGCGAGUUUCGACGAAAGUAUCGCGACGAGAAUGCGCUUCUGGUGGAAGCUGGACCUCUACAGAAUACCAGUACCUCAGAUGAACUAUGGCCCGUUUAAGUUAAGAACUACUGUAGCUCCUUUGGAUAAACAAUUAUGAUUCACUACAUAAAAAAUACAAUUACCAAUGAGAACUUAUUA